AUGCUAGCUCCACCUCUGCUCCACACAGCGUUGCUGCAGGCCGCUUCCUCUGCCCUUGCCUCGUUGCAUCCCCUCCGCCUGGUCGCGUCGUCCUUGCCCCCGCACGUUGCUCGCCUCCACGCGGCUCCAGCAGCACCCGCGCCUGGCCGCCUCCCCGCGCCCGCAGAUGCCCGGCCGCGCCUGGUCGCCUUCGCAUCGCGCACGCGCCGUGCUCGCCUCUUCGCCCGCUCGCCGGCUUCUCCGCACACCGGCCUCGGUCCGGCUCCUCGUCGCCGCGCCGGGUCCUCGACGCCGCGCCCCCCGCUCCUGCUGGCUUCGCCCUGCGGCCGCGUGCCCCGCGCCCCGGCCGGCUUCGCCCACCUCCACCAACCCAGCCGGCUGCCGCCCAUCGCCGCUCUCAUUGCUGGGCCUCGUGCGCCGCUCCGCCUGGCCGCAUUGCCCUCGCCCCGUGCACCCCCAGCCGGCUCCGCCUCGCCAGGCCGGCUCCCCCAGUGCCGAGUCCUCCCCGCCUUGCCGCCUCACCGAGUCGCCGCCUCGCCGCCUCCCGCAGGCCCAGCAGGCUCCUGCCCGUGCCCGCGCGCCUCCCGCGUGCGUCGGCCGCCCUUCGCCCGCUACGCUGGCUCGGCCACGCACGUUCGUGUCCGACUCCGCCCUAGGCCGCCCGCGCCUCCGCGCGUCGUGCCGGCUCCCCUGCCGCACCUCUCGCCGGCCGGGUCGCGCACCUCCGCUGCCGGCUCCCGGGUCCAGCGCCGUGUCUGGCUGUGCCAUGCGCGGCCCCGCCGGAUCCCGCUCCAGCCGCCUGUUGUGGCCGGUGCCUGA